CUCUCUCUCUCUUCCUUUUCAUCUUCUUCCCUACUCUCUUUCACAUGCAUACCCCUUUAACCUGUCACCUGCUCUGCUUGUGGACACUGUGAAGUAGAACAGACAAUAAGCAAAACACUCCCCACUCCUUCUUCGCUCCCUCAACAUUGGCUUCCUUCUCUUCUCUCAGUUCUCUCGCCACAAUGCCAUCAACAUCGAAGUCGUGCUCGCCUCCAGUUCCUAUCAGCAACAGAAGGGCACUACACCUGCCUUUCUUCCCUCUUCCUUCCACUGCUCCAGCUAAGUCACCUUCCGCCUUGCCCAAGUACCCCUACUCCACCACCCCGCAUCAGCCGUUCUUCCCGUUGAACUCCUCCCCGCCGCCCCCACCGCCGCCUCCGCCUUCCCAACAGCCCACCUUCCCGGCCAACAUCUCCUCCCUCACCUUCCCUGGCUCCGCCCCCGCCCCUCCCUCCCGCCAGAGCUUUAAAGUCGUUGUCACCGUCCUCCUCCCCCUCCUCGUCAUUCUCGCCGCUGCGGCGGCGUUCUUCCUCCAUCGCCGCCGCCGUCGCCUUUUUUCCGGCAAGUACGACGCCCGGUCCGACUCCCAACGACUCGUCCCCGCCGAAUCCGCCGCAUCCGACGGCGGCGCACCCAGGCCCUCCCCCUCCGCCGCUUCUUCCUCCUCCAAAUUCCUCUACCUCGGCACCCUCGUCGACACCCGCCGCGACGGAGGCCCCCGACCUGGCGCAGACGGUAUGGUCGGAUCGUCCGUCCGGAAACUGGAGUCCCCGGAGCUCCGACCUCUCCCGCCACUUCCGCGCCAUUACCGGCACGGGUACGGGAACGGGGAGGCGGAGGGCUUGUCGGAGGACGAGUUCUAUUCGCCAAGGGGGUCCUCCGCCCGGAAGGAGAGCCCCGGGAGGUUGGCUUAUGGGCGGGCGUCGAGCUCCCGGCCGAUGUUCCCAAAAGCAGCGGAGAAAUGUGGAUCCCUCAGCUGGAGAAUGAGCACGCCAUCAUACUCGUCGUCGAACAUGGCCUCAUCUCCUCGUUCGUCGGCGCGCUUCGGAUCGAGCCCCGGCCAAUCCACCCGCAGAUCAUUGAAGUCCCUCUCCGAGAGGUUUCUGACCCGAGAUCGCGAAUUACUUGCUCCGCCGCCGCCGCCACCACCACUUCCAGUCGUGGUCACUGCUGCCCCAGGCCCUCAACAGAGCCGAAUUCCACCCCUACAGAUUCCUCCUCCUCCUCCCCCACUGCCGCCGGUCGGAUACUGGGAGAGUCAGGUCCGGCAGCCACAGGCAAGACAGCCACCGCUUCUCGUGCCGCCCAAGCUCAAGACAGAGAAGAACGAGGAAGCCGAGCGGCCAAAGCUGAAGCCUUUGCACUGGGACAAGGUUCAGGCGAGCUCGGACAGAGCAAUGGUGUGGGAUCAGCUAAAAUCCAGCUCCUUCCAGGUGAACGAAGAAAUGAUCGAGACUCUGUUCGUCCGCAAUGCAACCAACGCCACACACAGGGAGACCAACCGGCGGCAGGUCCUUCCUUCGUCACCGCGAGAGAAGAGGGUGCUCGAUCCGAAGAAGUCUCAGAACAUUGCCAUUCUGAUGAGAGCAUUGAAUGCGACCAAAGAGGAAGUCUGCGAUGCUCUACAAGAAGGCAAUGCUGAGAGCUUGGGGACUGAGCUGCUGGAAACACUGGUAAAGAUGGCUCCCAGCGCAGAAGAAGAACACAGAUUGCAAGAACACAAAGAUGACUCCCCAUGCAAGCUUGCACCAGCUGAAGCUUUUCUCAAGGCAUUGCUUGAUGUACCAUUUUCAUUCAAGAGAGUGGAUGCCAUGCUUUACAUAGCCAAUUUCGAUUCGGAGGUCAAUUUUCUCAUCAAGUCCUUCGAGACUCUCGAGGCUGCCUGUGAUGAGCUGAGGAGCAGCAGGUUGUUCCUCAAGCUUUUGGAUGCCGUGCUCAAGACCGGCAACCGCAUGAACGUCGGCACCAAUCGGGGCGAUGCACGCGCCUUCAAGCUCGACACCCUCCUCAAGCUAGUCGACGUCAAAGCCGCCGACGGGCGGACCACGCUGCUGCACUUCGUCACCCAGGAGAUCAUCAGAUCCGAAGGCUCCACGGGUGCGCUACGGGACGAGCUCGAGGGCAGGAAGCUCGGCCUCCGGGUCGUCGCCGGCCUUGGCGGCGAGCUGGGCAACGUCAAGAAGGCGGCCGCGAUGGACUCCGCCACGCUCGGCAGCUACGUCGCGCGACUCGCCGGGGGGCUCGGCAAGAUCGACGAGGUCCUGAGAUUGAACGAAGCGCUCGGCGCGGAGGAGUGCAGGCUGGGGUUCCGCGACGCCAUGGUUCGGUUCUUGAAGAGGGCGGAGGACGACGUCAUAAGAGUGCAGGCACAGGAGAGCGUGGCGCUGUCGCUGGUCAAGGAGACGACAGAGUACUUCCAUGGCGACUCCGCCAAGGAAGAGGCGCAUCCUUUCAGGAUCUUCACGGUGGUCAGGGAUUUCCUGGCAGUCCUCGACAAGGUCUGCAAGGAUGUCGCCAAGAUAAACGAGCGCACCACCGUCACCUCGGCACGGCAUCUCCCGGUGCCGAUGAACCCGACGCUACCGCCUUCUGCGUUUCCGAGGCUUCAUGCCCUGAGACAUGAAAGCUCUGAUGAGGGGAGCUCGUCGUCGUCGUCGUCGUAGAGCGACACUGCACACUGCACACUGCACACUGCAGAUGGAAGUGACAGCAGAAAUGGAAUUAUCAGAGCUCUCUUUUUUUUUUGUAUUAAUAGGAUUUUAAUGUAAAAGAUUCUUUUUUUUUUAUGGAUUAUUUUGCUCCUAUCUGUACACAAGUUAGAGAAAAAUAAGGUUGACUUCACUGA